CCAUCACAUAGCUGGACAGAUCUGACCACUUGGCUGCCUAAAUGACGCCGCCUGCUGGCUUGUCUUGGUCUGCGACGGUAGGCUACUGUAUCGGCUGCAACAUCCUGAAACAGUCCAGUGAUGAGACAACGGUCAACAAGGGCAGAGUCAGUGGUACCCUACCUACCCUCGCCACGCUGCCGCUCCAAGGAUGCAGGGGAAGGAAUAUAUUUGGUCUUUUUCGUCACACCUCUUUACAAAAUCACCUGUUCUUUGAGAUUUUGCAUUUCUAAUCAACGCGUUUUUGUUCGUUAAAUCCACGUUGGGUUUUUAUGAAUGAAAUCUUUCACAAGAUAAUGCGACGAUGUCGUCUUAAAUGACUGAAACAGAAAUAAGCACGUCACGAACGUCCAAUGUAAUGUAUCUGUGUGAUGGGGAAAAUACUCAACCAGGAUGGGUAAUAAGCAAACGAUAUUUACUGAUGAACAGUUCGAGGCAUAUCAGGACUGCACAUUCUUCACGCGCAAAGAAAUCCUACAGUUACAUGGGAGAUUCCACGAGCUGGCUCCUCACCUAGUACCACUGGACUACACCAACCAGCCUGACAUCAGACUCCCCCUGGCGCUCAUCGUCAGCAUGCCAGAACUAAAGGAGAACCCGUUCAGAAACCGCAUCGUGGAAGUCUUCUCUGAGGACGGACAAGGCAACUUGAGCUUCAAUGACUUUGUAGACAUGUUCUCUGCUCUCUGCGAAACGGCUCCACGAGAACUGAAGACCAUAUAUGCUUUUAAAAUCUAUGAUUUUAACGUGGAUAACUUCCUGUGUAAGGAGGAUCUGGAGAAGACGUUGAACCGGCUGACUAAAGGAGAGCUGACCCCUGAAGAGGUCAAUCUGGUCUGUACCAAGGCCAUGGAGGAGGCUGACCUCGACGGGGACAGCAAGCUCUCCUUCUCGGACUUUGAGAACAUGAUCUCUAAAGCUCCAGACUUUCUAAGCACGUUCCACCUACGGAUCUGAGGUGAGGUGAUUCAGCCGCUCACAUGAUGAGGCUUUAGACAACGACGGAAGAGGGGGGGAAGAUGAAGAAGAAGAAGAAUGUGGUCGCUUUCUGGUUCGUCUGAUGACGUCAUCCCCGAAGACUCCUCCCAGAGUCUCUGUGGCCCCGACCCACAGCAGGAUGACCCCUGACCUCAACCUCAGUACAGCAUAGUGCCUACCAAAAAAAACGUUAGUAGAGAAGUCUUGUCUUUCCCCAAGUCUAUCUUCGAUCGAUGCGAUGUUUGUACAAAAUAUAACAUUGAGAAGAGAGAAAAAAGGAAGUGGAACAAAAGUUUGGCUUCGGCUGCAGGAAAAUGGACCCGGGGGGAUUUUAUUCUCGGAAGCACAGGCCCUUUUUUUGCCAACUCAUGUUCUAUAGGAAGGACAUUAUCGACCACAAGACAUUUCCAUUUUUUGGAAGAGAAGAUCAUUAAUGCAUGAUUGUUUUCUCUUAUAAUCAAUUGUAAACUUGUUUAACAGAUGGAACCACAAACAGACUCCAAAUGGAGAUAGAAAAUGAACCGAUGAACAACGAGGGGCUAAUUUUUUAUACCUGUAGGGCUUAGCUACAACACAACCUAUAAGCAGUUUUCUAGAAGAUGUAGGAUUUUAUUUUGGCAGAAUUAUUAGGUUUCUUCUUUCCUUAAACUGACCUAACCCUUUUAAAGUGUAUACAUUGUAUGAACACUGACUGACAACAAUGCGGAAGUGGAUUGAACAACGAGAUAUUUUCUGUCUGACGGUGUACGGAAGAAAAAAACAGUAAGAUAUAUUAGUAUAUGAAAUAUUACAAGCACAGUUUUAGCACCGAGGGGCAGAACAGUUGAAGAGCUAUGCAAUAUAUCUUUAUGAAAUGCAUGAGUGUUACAUAAAAUUGCAAAUAGCUUUUAAUUAUUAUUAUUUUUUGCUCCAGUCCAAGUAUAUAGUGGUUUUGUACUGCUGGAUCACAAUGACAAUCAGAACCUGUGACGUAGUGGUAACAUGAACAAAUAGGUGGGUAAACGCUGAAUCACCGUUUCGCGGUGAGUAAAAGUAACGCUCCUCCUCUAUGCUUUCAACUCUAUUUAUAUUUUCCUGCAUUAAAAAGGUGGGAGAAAACUCACGCGCACAAAACAAACAAAUAUAUAAAAAGGCGCGUUGUUUUUUUUUAAUGUGCGCUUCCCCGCUCCUCUAAACCACGGACCAUAAUGUUACCUAACUGUUCCGCAGUUAAAGGAAGGGCUCUGUUCUCUGUCUCAUCACCCCUUCCGUUAUGUUAUGCUAUGUUACCUUGUCCUGCCUGUCAACUUGAUAUAAUGGCAUUAACAUCACUAAAGAUAAUAACGUGUUCAGUCUUUCAUAUGAUAAGAGCAUUUGGCUAGACUUUGAUUAAAUACAUUUUCUGUUUG